AUGUUGAAAAAUGCACAAACUCACGUUGUGAGAAUUUCUAACUCAAUUCUUUCAAAGCGUAAAUGUUUAUAUAAAUAUGAUGAAAUCAAAAAUGCGAUGAACUUUCAGAUGUUAGCUGUUUCUUAUUUGAUUGGAUUAGAGAUGGUAAAAUUGAUGGCCAUUAUUGCGAUUCGCUUUGGACAUCGAGAAUAUCUUAGCUUGAAAAAUGCUGCGCAAAUAUGA